AUGAGCCAAGAUGCCCCCUCUGAUCUGCAUUACGUGCGCUACGAUAGCUCCCGCGAAAAUGAGUACGUCGCGGCCAUGCGCCAGCUGAUCGCCAAGGACCUCUCCGAGCCUUACAGCAUCUACGUCUACCGAUACUUCUUAUACCAAUGGGGUGACCUCUGCUUUCUUGCGAUGGACGAGAAGGACGAGAUGGUCGGAGUCGUGGUCUCGAAGCUGGAGCUCCAUCGCGGCGGCCCUCUACGAGGGUAUAUCGCCAUGCUGGCCGUGCGCGAAGAAUACCGGGGUCGUGGCAUCGCAACCAGGCUGGUGCGCAUGGCGAUUGAUGCAAUGAUUGAGCGAGAGGCCGAUGAGAUCGUUCUCGAAACCGAAAUGACCAACACGGCUGCUAUGAAGCUAUACGAGCGGUUAGGCUUCCUCCGCAGCAAGCGUCUACACCGCUACUACCUCAAUGGCAACUCGGCCUAUCGGCUUGUGCUCUAUCUCAAGGACGGCGUGGGCUCGAUUCGAACGGGGUUUGAUUCCUACGGUCCGCCUCAGCCAGGACCCGCGGAACUACAGAACCCUCCUCCUAUUCCCACUACGCAAGGAAAUGGUCAAUAA